CGUCUCUACGCGCCAGUUGCGACUUGACCACGGAGGGGAGAGAGACCUCUACUCACACCUCGCUUCUCGCCGCCUUAUACUCUCUCUGGUCCUUUUGGUUUUACUUCGGUCUUGUCGUCAAGCAUCUUGGAUUUUCGGAUCUGAAGACGAAGAAGAAAACCCUUCCUCCUUAUUUUUAUAAAAGAGAAGUGACAUCCCAAAAGAAGAAAGAUGAAACAGGCUAACAGUAACAAGAAAGUAAUAGUCGUUGGAGCUGGAUUGGUCGGGUCUCUGGAGGCGUGUUACCUUGCCAAGCGCGGAUACGAAGUUCACCUGUACGAGUAUAGGGAUGACAUACGCAACAUGGAGCACGUCCCCGGCAGGAGCAUCAACCUGGCCAUGAGCAUCCGAGGGCGGACAGGCCUGAAGGCGGUCGGGGUCGAGGAGAAAAUCAUCCGCGAGCACGGGAUUCCGAUGUACGCGCGCAUGAUCCACAACAGGGACGGAAGCACCAAGGCUAUUCCUUAUAACAAGGACGGGAAGUGCAUCUACUCCGUCGGACGUCGCUUCGUGAACGAGGUCCUGCUGACGCGCGCUGAGGAGUUUCCAAACGUCACCAUUCACUUCCACCACAAACUCCUCACCGCGGAUUUAGAGAGGGGGAAGGUGACCUUUUUGGACACAAUGUCCCAAGACGAGGUGACCGUCGACGCGGACCUGACGAUCGGCUGCGACGGAGCGUACUCGAACAUGAGGAAACAGAUGAUGAAGCGACCGAUGUUCAACUACAGGCAGCAGUACAUCCCUCACGGCUACAUGGAGCUCUGCAUCCCGCCCGGAUCGGAUGGGAAUUUCCAGAUGCCUCCGAACUACCUGCACAUUUGGCCGCGAGGACAGUACAUGAUGAUCGCGCUGCCGAACCAGGACAAGUCGUGGACCGUCACGCUGUUCAUGCCCUUCGAAAUCUUCAAUACUCUCGAUACACCGGAACUCUUGUUAGAUUUUUUCAAGACAAACUACCCAGACGCCAUAACGCUCGUUGGGAAGGAAAAGCUCAUCCACGAUUUCUUCGCUAACAAGGCGCUGCCGAUGAUCUCCGUCAAGUGUUCGCCAUACCACGUUGGCUCCACCUCCCUGCUCAUGGGUGACGCGGCCCACGCCAUGGUGCCUUUCUACGGCCAGGGCAUGAACUGCGGCAUGGAAGACUGCGUCGUGCUGGACGAGAUGAUGGACAGGUACGAGGACGACCUGACGAGAGUGUUGCCCGCCUACUCGGAGCACCGGAACCCCGACGCGGAGGCGAUUGUGGACCUCGCCAUGUACAACUACAUCGAGAUGCGAGACCUCGUUAACUCCAAGCUGUUCCUCUUGCGUAAGAAGUGGGACGACCUCCUGAGCCGCCUGCUGCCGAGGACGUGGGUGCCGCUCUACACGAUGGUGACCUUCUCGAGGGAACGCUACCACCUCUGCAUCGCCAAGAAGAGGUGGCAGGAUGAGAUGAUCGGGAAGCUGGUGAAGGUUUCCGCCGUCGCUGGAAUCAUCCUCGGGUUCUUUGCCGCCAAGACGCAGGCCGCCCAUGCCUUCUCCCAUUCGCUGGUCACGCAUCUGAACAGCAUCACCGCGAAAACACUCGACAUUGCCAUGCGCUGACCUUUUUUUGAUGGAUCACAAGAGAAAAUUUUAUCGGAUUUUGAACUGGUGAAUUUUUUUUUUUUAAAUAAUUGACGUGUGGUGUUCCUUUAUGCAGUGGAUUUUUUGUGCAGUAAAAUCAUUUUGAGAAAAUAUUAAAAAAAAAUAUUCUUUCUCGUAAGUAGCAAGUAAGAUGUGGCUUUUUAAACAGGUAAUUAACAGGGUUGAUCUGUUUAGGCCUUGUUGAAGACUUUGCUGCAUAAAAGGUUUUAUGGCAAAAAUUACUUGUAUAUUGUUAUAUUUCUUACCAUGACAUUAUCGUGACAAAAUAUGACUUUUUUUACUGUUGAUAUUCUUGUAUGGUUACUAAAGCAUUUCCCAGUCAUUGCUGCAUCAUUUUCAGCAUUUUGCCAUUUUCCACACUAAAAAUUUGUUAUUAAUGUAGUAAAGUAGAUGUAUGACUAUUUCUACUUGUAGCAUUUAUACUUUUGCAUUAAACUGAGUAAUGUA